GAAAUGGUGAAAUAAAAUGACGCCUUCAAUCUUAUCAACUCACGUGCAGAAUAAUGUUGUGUGCAAGAAAUUGGACUUGUAAUUUUCUUUGAUCAAUAAAUAGUUCGAAUUAAUACAAUUGUUUAAUGAUGAAUUAGUGGAAAUAUUACUUACAAUGCUUAUCAAUAUUUAGAAAUGAAUGUUCCCCGAUAAAAACUUUAGUUUAGCUGUAAAUGAAGUUAAUGCUUAUUGUGUAUACGGUAGUAAAUAGAUUUGUGAUUGUGAUUGUUGAUAGAUUUUAAACAAUAAUGGAGUGUCUAGUGGCGAAUGUGGAUAAUAUGCGAUUUGAUAUUGAAAUUGCUCUUGAUGAACAGUAUGGAGCACUUCCUUUACCUUUUACUGGAAUGGACAAAUCUACUGCUGCAGUAUGUCAAUUUUAUCCAAGAGGUACAUGUGUUAAAGGAGCCUCUUGUCCAUUUAGGCAUGUACGUGGAGAUCGUACAAUAGUAUGUAAACAUUGGUUAAGAGGUCUUUGUAAAAAGGGUGAUCAGUGUGAAUUUUUACAUGAAUAUGAUAUGACAAAAAUGCCAGAAUGUUAUUUCUAUUCCAGAUUCAAUGCUUGUCACAAUAAAGAAUGUCCAUUCCUACAUAUCGACCCAGAAACUAAAGUCAGAGAUUGUCCUUGGUAUGAUCGUGGAUUCUGCAGACAUGGACCUUUAUGUAGACAUCGACACGUUCGUCGUGUUUUAUGCAUGGCUUAUUUAGCUGGAUUUUGUCCUGAAGGUCCAAAUUGUAAAUUUAUGCAUCCAAGAUUUGAAUUACCAGCAGUGCAAGAUAUGCAACCUAAAGAAGGAAAAAAGGUAAUGAUCACCUGUCAUUUUUGUGGGGAAGGUGGCCAUAAAGCAAUUUAUUGUAAUAAAAUGCCACCUGAUGUACGUGAAGCUCAAGUUAGACAAGAAAUAGAAGGUAAUUCUCAUGCUACGCAUCACAUGAAUAUGCAUAAUGGGCCCCCACCAAGAGGGCCUCAAAAGCCACUAGAAGAAGUCACUUGUUACAAAUGUGGAACUAAAGGUCAUUAUGCCAAUAAAUGUCCGAAAGGACAUUUAGCAUUUUUAAGCCAUGCUGGAGGUAGUGGAACUGCUACUCAGAAUCAAAAUUACCGUAGAUGAUUUCACCUAUUUUAUUUGUGUAAGAUUAAUAUUAUGAUUAUGUUUUAUUAUUAGUAAAAUCACUUGUUUGUAAAAAUUUCUAUAUAUCACAUAGUAAAAUAGGUUUAAUACAAUUAAUUUCAUAUUGA